GCUUACAAGAAAUGAUACAUCGUGUCACGUUCGGCAAAGAUGGAAGUGAUACAAAAUGAAAUGAAUGGCAUCACCUUCAAAUGCUUAGCGUAUCUCAACCGCGACCACCGAACAACCGAUGUCCCCGAACUACCGGAACAUCAAACAUAGUUCCAAUAUCAUACGACAGCUCUUAUUCACGUACUCGGGAUGAUGCGAUGAUGUUGGCAUCGUAGGAUAAUGAUAGCAGAAUAGAAGAUCUCGAUGGGCGGAAUCAUAACUUAUAAAUGCCUCUCCAAGAUUCCGUCGAUAAGAGAAAUGACGGUGCUAUCAAGAGCAGGUUUCAACAUAUUUCAGCUUUUUUCCAGAUUUGAAAAUGGCAUCACCUAAUACUGCGAUCCCAAACGCCUUCAAGGGGCUAGAAGGGCAGCCCGAGUUUCCUGCUGAUACGCCUUUUGCGCAGAUCUCCAACAUCUCUCACCAGAAGAUUCUAGAUGGGGAUAUCGAUGAGAUCGCCAAGGUCAUCAAGUCCGGCAGGGACAUUGGAUUUUUCCGCGUCGACUUUAGAGAUUCCGAGACUGGCAAGAAAUUCCUAGCAGCAGCAAACAACAUGUUCGCUUUGGCUGAGGAGACGUUCAAUCUUCCCACUGAGACGAAGCUUGCUGACAGCUUUCUCAAGCACGGCGACACUUUGCUUGGAUAUAAGGGACUCGGAGCUUCCGUCGUAGAUGAGGAAGGCACCCGCGACAAUAAUGAGCAGUACUGGAUUGGCUGUGGUGACAUUGAGGGCAAUGGCCAUUCGCCUGCUGUCUACAACGACGUCAUCAAGAACAAGCAGGCGCAUCUAAAAGAGUUCAUCGACCUCGGCAAGGACAUCACUGACAAGUUCCUCACGAUCCUCGCCUCCGCCAUUGGCCUUGGACCCGAGAGCCCGGAAUUCUUGCCGAAACUGCACAGUCAUAGCAACAAUUCUGGCAGCCACGUUCGUCUGCUCAAGUGCCCUCCUAAGACUGGGGGUUCCCACGUUAGCUUACAGCCACACACUGACUGGGGCACAUUCACCGUGUUGUUCAAUGCUCUGGGUGGACUCCAGAUUUAUAUGCCAGAGAACCUUGUUGGCCCUGGAGAAGAGCCUGGCUGGCGAUACGUCAAGCCCGAGCCUGGAAUGGCUAUUUUCAACCUCGGCGACGCAUUUGUCAAAUGGUCAGAUGGGGAACUGAAGAGUACCAUUCACCGAGUGGUAACUCCUCCCGGAGAUCAAGCGAAGUGGAUGAGAUAUAGUCUUGCAUACUUCACCCGCCCCAACAACGAUGUUCUUCUGAAGCCACUUGGUAGAAAGGCUUUGCCUUCUGAUGCAACUAAGGAAUACCCCACUUUCAAGGAGUGGGCGGUGAGAAGGGCUACCGCCGGUAGGUCUGAUCGUUUCCAGAAAGGAGAUUGGGUCAGGGGUCAAGGAACUGAGCCAGUCAUGAGCGCUCAAGCGAGAAUUGUAGUCUGAUUUCCUAGUGAAAUCGUCUUUCGAAUUCUCCACUCCGACAGAAGGAUCAGGGGCUUACUUGGUUGAUGAAAUUACUGUGUGCAAUACUCAAGAUGUCUCAUUCGUAUCACUCUGAUUAUAUUUUUCUCAAAAUUCCGCUAGCUGUAUUUACAAAUUCGGUUGAACGAAGAAACAAACGUC